AUGCCCUUCGGACUUAUCAACGCUCCUGCCACGUUCCAACGGAUGACGACCAAACUCCUCGAAGAUCGUCUAGGGAGCGGGUGUCUCGUCUACAUUGACGAUAUCGUAAUCUACGGUAGCUCGUGGCCGUCACUCAUGAGCAACUUCGAAUGGGUACUCCAGAGACUGCGCGACCACGAAGUAUUUCUCAACAUCCGCCCUCGUCAAACCGAUCCAAGAACUCAUCACUGCGGAAGAAUUCGUCUGGUCCGACGAAUGCCAACGGAAGUUCGAGGACAUCGAACAUCUACUCACUGCAUCCCAACCGUCACUGUGCCUGCCGCGCUCCGGACUGCCUUUCUACCUGGACACCGACGCGUCCACAUACGCCAUCGCCGGCGUACUGCAGCAAAGAGAAGGCGAUACCACUUACGUCCUCCAAUUCGCCUCUAA